AUGCUUAACCCUCUGCGCGGGAUACCUGCGGAGUUUCGUCCUGCUCAGCACCUAUUUAUAUUCGGGAAUGGGGAAAUGGCCCAACUUGGUCUGGGGGUGGAUAUGUUGGAUGAGAUUCGCCGGCCAAAGUUGCACACAUGGUUCGAAGAGGCUAUAGAAGAGGGAAGACUAGGCGGUGCGGGCGCCGGCAUCGAGAAGGCAUGUACCGGAGGGAUGCACACCUUGGUCAUUGACGAGAUGGGACGGAUAUGGAGCUGGGGGGUCAACGACAAUGCCUCUCUGGGACGUCUUACGGCGAAUGUCCCCAUCCCAGAUGCUCCAGGAGAGUUUUUCCAGACAGAGGUUCUCGAAACUCAACCCAUGCUCGUCCAAUCCCUAGUGGAUGAAGGGUUCCGUGCAGUGACGGUAGCGGCCGGAGAUAGUAUCAGUGUUGCACUGGACGUCGAUGGUCAGUUGAGAUGUUGGGGGUCGUUUAGAUCUAGCGAUGGCCUGCUCGGUUUUGAUGGCAGGCUAGGUUCAGCUCAGCAACAAUUUACACCCGCCCCAAUCGAAGACUUCAGAAAAGAGAAAUUUAUAUCUCUGGCCUGUGGAACAGACCAUGUUCUAGCACUCACUACGGAUGGCCGGGUUUGGGUGUGGGGUAAUGGACAACAAGCACAGCUGGGUAGGAAGAUCAUCGAGCGCCGCAAGACUAAUGCGCUCCGCCCAGAGAAACUUGCAUUGAAGAAGGUCGUCGCAGUGGGAAGCGGAUCGUAUCACAGCUUUGCGAUUGAUGUCAAGGGCCGUGUAUUCGCUUGGGGCCUCAAUUCUAUGAAGCAGACCGGAGUCGCGGCCGAGGAUGGAGGGUCAGAAGAUAUCAUAACUGCUCCAACUGAGGUCAGAGCGCUACAUCCUGACCAGCUCAAUGGUGAGAAAGUGAUCCAAAUCAGCGGGGGGGAGCAUCAUACGCUGUUCCUCGUGUCCGAUGGCAGAGUUUAUGCUUGUGGACGCUCUGAUGGCUUUGAACUGGGUAUUGGGCCUGUAGAGAGCCUACAGGAUGUCAACGGUGACCACGUAAUGAGCUCUGAGGACCAGUCGCAUAUGCGAGCAUAUGUUGCCGUGCCUACCCUCGUUGCCUUCCCUCCUGUGCCGACGCCAGAGGAAAUGAACCCCGAUGUUCCAGAAGGGCCACCUGCUAUUCCGCCGAUCAAUCCCGUAUCCUCUGUCCACGCUGGUACACAUCACAAUCUGGCCGUUUCCCGCGCGGGCUACGUCUACUCAUGGGGCACCGGAAAUCAGUCUCAACUCGGUUUGGGUAACGAAGAAGAGGCGGAGCGUCCCACUCGCUUGCGCUAUAAGGAUGGGGACAAAUGGUUCAUCAGGUCUGCUGGUGCGGGGGGGCAGCACUGUAUCUUUUUGGCCACGCCGAAAUAG